CUUCACUUCCGUCAACUUUCCUCUGUCGAUCCCAAACAUGGCGGACAUCGAGGAGGACCGGCCGCUUCUCGCGGCAGAAGCUGGGGAUGAGGACUCCUUGUCCGGCGGAGAGGAGAGUGGCCGUGUCGGCAGACCGCUGCCCGCCAUCUGCGAUCCGGCGCACGUCUUGCACCGGGUCGUUGUCUUGGUGUUUAUGUGUUUCCUCGGAUUCGGAAGCUACUUCUGUUAUGAUAACCCGGCUUCUCUUCAGACUGAAGUCCUGCAGGAUUUGAACCUGAACACGGCCAAGUUCAUGCAGCUAUAUGCCUGGUACUCGUGGCCCAAUGUCAUCCUCUGCUUCUUUGGGGGAUUCCUCAUUGACAGAGUCUUUGGCAUCAGGCUGGGAACCAUCAUCUUUUCCCUGUUUGUUUGUAUUGGACAGCUCAUAUUUGCUACUGGAGCUUUGGUAAAUCGUUUUUGGUUGAUGGAAAUUGGACGUUUUAUAUUUGGAAUUGGAGGGGAGUCCCUGGCUGUGGCCCAGAACACGUAUGCAGUCAACUGGUUUAAAGGGAAGGAGCUCAACCUGGUGUUUGGUCUUCAGCUGAGCAUGGCUCGCUUGGGCAGCACGGUGAACAUGAACAUCAUGGGCUGGGUGUACAGCAAAGUGACUCUCCUGAUUGGUGCUCCCGGUCACACCACGCUAGGCUGCUCGUUCAUGAUAGCUGCUGUAACCUGCAUUUUCUCGCUAAUCUGUGCUCUGGUCCUGGCAUUCCUUGACAAAAGAGCAGAGAAAAUACUCCAGAAGGAGCAGGGGAAAACUGGUGAGGUAAUUCAACUGACGGAUGUGAAAGACUUCCCCUUGCCCCUGUGGAUCAUCUUCAUCAUUUGUGUCAGCUACUAUGUGGCCAUCUUCCCUUUUAUUGGACUGGGACAGGUCUUUUUCAUCGAGAAAUUUGACUUUUCCCCUGCUGAAGCGAGAGCUGUCAACAGCAUCGUUUACAUCAUCUCGGCGCCGGCGUCUCCCGUUUUGGGCUUUUUGGUGGACAAGACUGGGAGGAAUGUGAUUUGGGUGAUGUGCGCUGUGUGCACCACGCUGGCCUCUCACAUGAUGCUGGCCUUUACCUUCUGGACCCCCUGGAUUGGCAUGUCACUGCUGGGGUUGUCCUACUCCCUCUUGGCAUGCGCACUUUGGCCCAUGGUGGCCUUCGUGGUACCUGAGCACCAGCUGGGAACAGCCUAUGGCUUCAUGCAGUCUGUCCAAAACCUCGGAUUAGCUCUCAUCGCCAUGGCAGCAGGAGCCAUCCUCGACACCAAAGGAUACCUAUUUCUCCAAGUCUUUUUCUGUUCCUGCAUCUGCAUUGCACUGGUGGCGGUGGUGAUGCUUUACUUUGUGGAUUAUCUAAGAGGAGGAGAUUUGAACCGGUCAGCUGCAGCCAGAGCCAAACUCCUGAAAGAAGCUACUUCAGAAGCUGAAUGAUGAUGAUGAGGGAUUGCACACGGUCCUGGGCGUACAGAGGCAGAAGGCCGUACCGUCCACCCCUCAGCUGUCAGUCAGUGGGCCGUGGGGUCAGGACUGCGGGACUCGUGACUCAGUACUGCCAUCAACUGAGUAUCUGGAUGUAACGCUGUUUUUUGGGGGGGCUUCUGUUGAAGAAGGAAGUAAACAUUUUAAAGCUUUUUCGGUCUUGGGAUGGAGAGGAGCCUCACAACCCAAGAUAUGUAAUGACCUUAUACUGUGGAGAGUCAUUUUAAAGUGCAUUUUAAUACAUAUAAUAUAUAUAUAUAUAAGGAUCCUGGAUUCUCUCCAAGGGACCAGAGGGACUUGAGAUUUUAAUCAUACGCACUACAAAAUGGUAAUCGUGGCUGCUUUAAAGGGGCAUUGCUCUUUAAUUGAAGUCUUAGUCGUCAUGUAAUUAUGUUAUCUGCUCCCCACUGGCUUUGGGGAUUGAUUCGUGUAUAUUUUUUGCAUUCAUAACCACUCAAUUGUCUUUUGUAUUUUUUAAGAAGUUUUAUGAAUGUGUCCUUUUGAGGACCGUUUAUUCACUAAGUUCAAGUAGUGAGCUGAAUGAAAAAUAUGACUGAUCUGUGUGGAAAUGAUUGAUGCACUACAGCCAAGUAGUAGUGUGAAACGCUCUACAAACCACUUGAACAAUCAUGGGUUGGUUUUGUGAAACCAAGUAAAAAAAAAAAAAAAAAAAUUGAAUAAACAGCUUUCUGAACAACGCA